AUGCAAGUGAUGAAAGCACGGUGCUGCCACACCACAGAGGGGACUGGACUGUGCCUGGGCUGGAGCGGCAUGAGCCCGACCUCUGUGACCCUGGCCAGCGCCCUGCAGGUCAGGGGCGAAGCUCUGUCAGAGGAGGAAAUCUGGUCCCUCUUGUCCCUAGCUGCUGAGCGCCUCCUGGAAGACCUGCGUGAAGAUUCCUCGGACUACGUGGUCUGUCCCUGGUCAGCCCUGCUGUCUGCAGCCGGAAGUCUCUCCUUCCAGGACCACAUUUCUCACAUAGAGGCUGCUCCUUUCAAGGCCCCUGAACUGCUACAGGCACAGAUUGUAGGGGAGCAGCCUGAUGCAUCUCAGAUGCACGUCUAUUCUUUAGGAAUGACCCUCUACUGGUCAGCAGGCUUUCAUGUCCCACAAAAUCAGCCCCUGCAGCUCCAUGAGCCCUUGCACUCCAUUCUGCUGACCAUGUGCGAAGACCAGCCCCGUAGGCGGCUGCCCUUGCAGUCAGUUCUGGAAGCUUGUCGAGUUCAUUGGGAAGAAGUGGCCGUAUACCCGAUCUCUGCCAAUCUCCACGUUAGACGGCUGGCUGGCCUAGUUCUGGGCACCAUCUCCGAGGUGGAGAGGAGGAUUGUGGAAGGAAGCUCCUCCGUGCAGCAGGACAGAAGCUGCCUGCUCAGGAACAGGCUGCGUCAGGCGAGCUUCGAGAACCCAAUGCUGUGGGCCCUGGAGCGCCUGCACCCCUGCAGAGUUUCAGAACGAAGCACGGAGACCCAGAGCUCCCUGGAGCCCGGUCCGAGCACCUCAGCACACAGUCACCGCAGCCUCUCUGUUAGCAGUGCUCUUCCAAUUGAAGUCCCCCCACAUCUUCAGGAGGGACAGCGGCGGCUCAGUUCCAGCACUACUCUGUCUGCGGCAGCGGAAAUCUUACACCCGGCAACUCCUUCUCAAAGAGGUUUUCCACAAAGAAAAGGAAAGUUCUCCAGGCCGGAGUUCGUCUUGCUGGCUGGAGAGGCCCCAGUGACUGUGCAUCUGCCCGGAUCAAUUGUGACCAAAAAAGGGAAAUCCUAUUUGGCUCUCAGGGCCCUAUGCGUGGUGCUGUUGAGUGGGCAGUGUCUGGAGGUGAAAUGUGACAUUAUGUCAACAGCAGGAGCUGUCUUCAGCGCUGUCAUGUCUUUUGUCAACCUUGGGGAGCUCACCUACUUUGGCUUGGCUUACAUGAAAGACAAAGAGUUCUUUUUCUUGGACAAUGAAACCAGGCUGUGCAAAGUAGCUCCUGAAGGCUGGAGUGAACAGCUCCAGAAGAAGACCUCUUCAAAUACCUUCACACUCUUUCUGAGGAUAAAGUUCUUUGUCAGUUGUUGUGCACAGCUCCAGAACAGCCUGGCAAGGCACCAAUUUUAUCUGCAGCUUCGGAAAGACAUCCUGGAGGAGAAGCUGUACUGCAAUGAUGAGACACUGCUGCAGCUGGCGGUCCUUGCCUUGCAGGCUGAGUUUGGCAACUACCCCGAGGAGCAGAUAGAGAGUAAAGCCUAUUUUCGGGUUGAAGAUUACAUCCCAGCGAGUGUAAUUGAGAGGCUGACUGCUUUCCGGGUGCAAGCUGAAGUCUCAGAGAUGCACCGUCUCAGUCCUGUGCUCUGGGGAGAGGAUGCCGAACUGGAGUUCCUGAGGACUGUCCGCAACACCUCGCACAUGUAAGCCCACAAGCACUUCAUCCGAAGAGCCCCGACAGAAAGGAACUCACUGCUUCCUCUAACCCAGCAUUUGUGCAUAUUCCUUGUCCAGAGGAUACAGCCUUACUGUGAUGAGGGACAAAUGGGCACCUCCAAGACAUCAGCGCACAUCUGAUGGAGGGUGGCCGCAGGACCACAGAACCAGUGGGGAAGCCAAGGGCUCGGGCCUGCGGAGGUCCCUAUAGGACCAAGAAUGCCCAGCUGCUCCCCCCUCCCCAGGGUCCAGCUUUGUUGGCCCGACUCUGUGUCGCUCCCUCUCCUGGUUGAAUGAUCGGAACUGAUUGUGAAGGAAGCCACCAUCUCAUAAGCAGAAAUACAGGAAGACUUGGCAUCAGUCACUGAUGGAAAACCCGGAUAGAUUUGGCUUCAUUUGCAAGCCAACCUACUAGCGUCAAGGAAUACUGGCUUUUAGUUCCUGGUGAUGGCUGGCUGGGCUUCCUAGCUCUGUGUGCCAGCCCUGGGGCGUGAGACACCCACACGAGAGGGCUUUGAGACACCCACACGAGAGGGCUUUGUGACCCCCAUAGCACAGUGUGAACCUUCUCUGUUUGGUGAGUGUUAGUUAAGCAAAACCCUCCACCCCCAUAAUGAUAAAAGUAACAAUUUGCCCAUGAUUCUGCUAUCUGGAGGCAGCGGAAUUAUAUUUUGUUGCGUUAAUUCUUGUCUCUGUUCUGUGCAUUCACACGUGUACACGUAUACACAUUAAA